GAAGUAAGUAAAAAGUAAAAACAACUAAUCCAAGAUGGAAGCGCAGUAGUAGAGAUACGUUCUAUUUAAUGCCAAACAAAACUAAAAUAACAUCCAUAGAUUUGACUUGCCAGAAAUUGGUUAGAUAUUAAAAGAAGUUUCCAUCUUUGAGGCGUCGAGAUGGAGCACCAGCAGGCGUCGACCUCACCGUUGUACAUUGUCCGGCAGCAGUGGCAAAUGCUCAAGGACAAAGAGCGCAACCUUGUGGCCGCCUUCUUUCACAUGUGCUCCUGCGCCCUGGUGUGCACCUCUUUGGCCGCCCUGGGCUGGUUCAGGCUUCGCGGCGCCCCCUGCACGCCUCAUCUCGCGCCCUACCAGUUCUUCUCCUACGGACAUUUCUCCAUGGAUGCGAAUCCUAGCAUCCCAGAAAUUGUCUCGUCCAAGGCUGUCAGCCGACCCCUCAUCUCUCAGUACCACUCAUCGUCCAGUGUGCUAAGCUGUGUAACUCCAGAAGUGGCAAGCCUUAUGCGUGUGGUCAUCCUGCUCUGUUUCUUGGCCCUUGGGAGUGCCUUUGCUGGAUUCCUGCUGGACAUUUGGGGCGCCUCCAAACCCAUCCUGCAAAUUGUUCGGAGAGCAUCUCUGCCCAGCAUUUUAACUGUGCUUUGGGUUGCGUCUAUUGUUGGAGCUUGCUACAACCUGACCAUGAUGUUACAAAAAUCCAUCACACACUUGACGCCUGCAUUUUACCUCAGGGUCAACUACGAGUAUGGCAUUUACACAAUUAGCGCUGCAGGUGCUUGUGCCUUGGCUGCGACGGCAAGCAACCUCCUGAGUCUGCAGCCGCCUGUGUCCCAGUCAGAUGGGCAGACGGAGCGGCUGGUGGACGACUGGGACGGCCUGGAAACCUUCUCGAUUAACGCCGACUUCGGGGACACGCCUCUCAACGCCAUGCCCUCUCCGCCCCCGUACACUCCUUGACAUCAUAGUUCUCCAUUCUAAUCAAAUUCCUUUCUUGUCACCUAUUGGCUGCAAGCAUAUGCUUUUCAUAUAAUAUGUAAGAAGCUCGAGUCGUGAGGAUAUAUAUCAAGAUGAAGCGACUGACUGAUUUUUAUCAAACAAGUUCACACUAUCGUAACAAAUUGAUUUCCUUUCCUGCGCCAGCCAUCCUUCUCAACCCGCUUGACAAAGUGUGAUUUUAUUUUAAAUCUUGAUACAAAUAAUGCUGUUAUUGUAAUGUCUAAUUUUAAAGUUUGACUUAAGAGGAAUCUCAGCUGAAAUGGAAGUGGAGUUGCGUCUGACAAAUAUGUGUUACUGUGAUUGUAGUGUAAAAGUUGUCGACUAGACAAAUAAAAUGAAAAUUAUUAUUGUUAUACAUAAA